GGGUUAUAAAUGUUUUAAAUAAAUAAAUAGGCCUCUUCCAACUCUACUGUUCUUUGAUUUUAUAAGUCUGGUCUGCUCAAGUUUUAUCUUAAAACAGAGAUAAGGAACUGGAUUUGGCUGGUGGGCCACAUACUUAUCUCCACUACCCCACUCCACCUCAUAGGCCAACUUUGACAGUGUAAUGCACGGAGGAGAACCAUGAGUUGCCUGCAAGAUGUACCUUUCAGAAUGACUAUAAGCAUUGUAGACAACUUCAUGGAAGAGGCCAACUUUGUGUCAGCCCCUGAGUUUGAGAUGUCUAACUGUGCAGAUGUCCUGAUGUGUGCAAUGCACGAUUUCUCGCUGGAGAAGAAGGUGCUGUAUUGGAUAGACUCUGCUUCUCGGCAAGAGACCUUCUGGCACAAAGCAACCACCAGCGUUGUCCCAACAGCUCCACCUUACUGGCUUCUGCUGGUGGACUCUAAAGAAAACCUUCCAGGCCACCAUGAGCCAACAGCCACCAAACCACAGAAUGUGAUGCCCAUCCAACGGUGUGUCAACCUGCGUGCCGCAGCGGAGAAUCUCAGCUGCACCACGAACAAAGGUCAGCUGACCAAAAAGGUGAACAGAGGCCAACAUUUGGAGGAGCAAGAGGACUCUGAAGGUGAGGAGUCUUCCUCAUCCACCUCUACAGAAAGCAGCACUGAAGACAAACCCUUCUCCGACGCCAAGCACAUUCCGGGUGCGUUGCCUCAAUUUCUACGUCUUCUCCUGUGCAGGCCAAUGACUUCGAUGGUGCUGUUGGCUGCCCCUUUGGAGAGCAGAGGCCAAAAGCCCCCUCUGGUCAAGCAGAGGCAAUCCAUACUUUUGUUUAACAAUGUGAAGGAUGAGUUUGAAGGGGCCAAGAAGAAGCUCACGGCUUUCGUGCUCCCUGUGAACCCCAGGGCAAGAGAAGCCACCUUGGCUUCCAGGGCUUUCUGCCUCCACCAGCACUCCCGCAGCAACCAGAACCUGAGAUACAGGCCUGCCUCUGAUGUGUCUCUGGUGGGGACUUUAACCCCCACGCCACCGCCAACUUACUGCAACCUGAGGCCGCUGACAAUGGCAGGGCUUGUCCCUCCUACCCAAAAGCACAAGCCCACCGUCGCUGUAAGAAAAUCUCCGCCUCUUUCUGUUCCUUCUCCUUUUCACAAUCUAAAAUUGCAUGAUUUUAAACUUUUUGAGUUAAAGAGCAAAAGGGGAAAAAAGAAAGGACCAAUCAUGCGCUGAAAGUAAGUUGGCCUGGUCCUACGGAUGAGUUGAAGGCUCUACUCUGGAUGCAGAAUUCUGGGCACAAUUCAGGGAUAGCAAAUUAUGCCAGGGACUGACAGGAGGGAAGCUGCCUUAUAAGACAGCGGCAUCAUCCCCUUUGCCGUGAUGAGGGGAAGCAGGUUAAACUAUGCAAAAUAAGGAAACAUUUGCAAAUUGGCAUGAGUGAAGCCUAACACGCAUGUACUUUGAUUUCUCUGGCAUCAGAGUAACCCCGUUUGUUUGUUUGUUGCACUUAUAUUCCACCUUUGCAACAAGGAGCUCAAGGUGGCGUAUAUGUUUCUCCCUCUCUCCAUUUUAUCUUCACAACAAACCUUUGAGGUGCAGAUUAGGCUGAGAGGCAGUCACUGGCCCAAGGUCACCCAGGGAGCUUCAUGGCCGAGUAGCUAUUUGAACCCAGGUCCUAGUCCAGUCCUCUAGCCACUUUGCCACACUAGCUCUCAAAGCAUUGCUUUUAAACCUCUCUGCAGCUGUACCUGUUGUGGCUUACUUGACAUGCAGUUGUCAUGCGAAGUUGCAGUCACCAAGUGACAAAUGUGCAUAAAUGAACCGCCUUCCAGGUCAUUUCCAUGACUUCCUUGGGUCAGGAGAACCCACUGCUGGGUUGUAACCUGACUGAAGGUGGGUCCCCAAAUGCAUCUUUGGACUAAAGGUGGGUUCCAGAUCUGAAACGUUUUAGAAAAGGGGUGGGGAACCUCCGGCCCAAGUGCCAACUGUGGCCCUCGAGGCUUCUGACUCUCCCCAGCUACACCCUGCCCUGGGCUGGUGCUGGGAGGAAGGGUGGGAUAUAAAUCAAAUAAUAAAUAAAUAAGUGCUUUUGCCUUGCUGGAAUUAGAAUUCUGAUCAUGCCUCUUGCUCAUCUGGAUGUUGGCUAAACAGGGGUGCGUGAGUGUGAAACUAGCCUUUCCUACACAUGUAUAAUUUACAUUUGCUGCUCUGCCCACUUUUGCCUCUGGCCUCGCCCACCACCGGCAAGUGGCCCCUGGAAGGUUGCCCGGAAGGGAAUGCGGCCCUUCGGCUGAAAACAGUACCCCAACCCUGAUUUACAUGUGCCUGCCUUGCUCUUACAGGCACUAGUAAGGGACCAGU